AUGUACGUCAUCCCAACACCGUCACCUCAACCCAUUGCCAAUCCUGCGGAAAAGCAUUACAAAACGUUACCAAAUCUUUGGAAAUCAGAAUGGAUCUAUGAUGUACCUGUGGCACCAGACAAAGCAAAAUUAAUACAAACUUCUCAGAAUCAUUUCCCUCAGCAGCAUGCACUUUAUGAUAUACCACCAAACAGGUUCAAUCCUGCUACCCCAAAAAUAUCUCCAAUAAAAGAUAAAGGGAAAUCAGUAGAUCCAAAAUUGUAUAAUAUUCCACCUCUACAUAGGAAAUUAACUUGUCCAGAGCUUCCUCUUUAUGAUGUCCCCUCCACCCGCGAUACAUUUGUGCAACGUCCAGCCAGCAACUAUGAUGUUCCUUCCAAUGUUCUGUCUACCAGGAUUGAAAAGGAAAGCCAAAAAUUGACUCAUUAUGAUAUUCCAAAAGGAACACCUGUUGCUUUGGCACAACGGAAAGAAAAUAACCAUAAUUCGGGAGAUAACCUAUACAUUAUGCCUUUGCCAUCAUCCACAGAAUGCAAUGUGGACCAAGAUAGAUUGUCCAUUUCAAGUGAGAAUAGCAGGACCAGCACCAUAUCCACAUUGUCAAGUUCUUCUACCGACUCCUUUUCGUCUUCAAUUUUAUCAACGUUUCCAGAAGACCUCAAAAAAGAGGCAACUAUGGAGCUUGAGUUGGCUAUAGACACCCUGACUAAACUACAGCAUGGCGUAUCCAGUUCCGUUGCAAGCCUAAUGAUUUUUGUGAGCAGUAAGUGGCGAUACCCAGAAUAUUUAGAAGAAAACAUUGAGGAAAUCCACCGAGCAAUCGAUCACAUAAAAGUGUCUUUGGGAGAGUUUUUGAAAUUUGCUCAAACUAUUGAAAGAAAUGCAGUUUUGGGAUCGGACAGUAAACUUCAGGCAAGAAUUAAAAAACAACUGAAUGUUCUCUCAGAUUCCUUUCAGAUUUUGGUACACACCAGAGAAGCCUUAAACAAAUGCAAGUGGUCACUUGAGAUUCUAGCUGUUAAGAAACCUCAGAGUAACCCAGAUGAUCUGGAUCAGUUUGUUAUGGUGGCCCGUACCCUUCCCGAUGACAUUAAGAGAUUUUCAUCUAUUAUCAUAGCUAACGGGAAGCUACUUUUCAAAAAGAGCUGCAAAGAUAAAAAUAGCAAGGAUUCUAAAGCGGGUGUAGAGCUUAAAAUGAAGAAAUUUGGCCAAGAAAAGCAAGGAGAAGAUAAUUCUGUUCUCAUAAGUAGUUUGAGCAAAGCAAAAGAAAAUGAUCUCUAUUCAACAGAGACAAGUCUUUCUGUCCCCGAAGACUCCUCUACUCAUCUACAGAGUUCUCCACCUACCAUGAAAGAAAGGACUCUCAGCAAACAGGAUCCAGAUAACCGAAUGAUACUCUCCAGCCUCUCCAGACUGUAUUUUGGAGCUGUCCAGAAAGCCAUCGGUGUCUUCCACAAAACUCUUAGCGAUAAUCGGACUCCUGAAAUCUUCGUCGCCAAGAGCAAGCUGAUCAUUAUGAUAGGCCAAAAGCUGGUGGACACCUUGUGUCAGGAAGCCCUUGAAAAGACCAACCGAAACGAUGUCUUGCGUGGCAGCAGCACAUUUUGUGGCUUGCUGAAAAGUCUGGCAAUUGCCACCAAAAAUGCCGCCAUGAAAUAUCCAAGUUUUGAGGCGCUUAAAGAGCUUCAGAAUCAAGCCGAUGAAUUAUCUCAAUUCACACAACAAUUUCGAGAUAUGAUGGAAUGAAGGAGUACUGGAACAAUUCAAAAGGCAAAUUUGAACGUAACGCUUGGACGGGAUAAAGUACAUCCAUGUGAACGGGGUGGGGAUGUAAGUUGACUCCCCUCUCUGUGUCUCUUAAUACAGCUCCAGCCAAUACUGAGCGAGAGGCCUGCAAGAGUGUCUUCUCCCAAUGUUUAAACAGGAUUAAAUUCUCCCCAUUGUCAAGAAUGUUGAUAUAAAGAUUUCCUGAGAAGAAGCUUCUCUUUGUAUCAACUUGACAUUUAUCCUCAACAUCCAUACAGACAGCAAUCUUGAAUAGGUAGCUUGGGAUCAAGGUUCAGUUUAUACAACUCCAUUUAAAUUUGUCUGUUCUGUUGAGGCUUAAUGUGUCAUUAAGACUCUAAGCGUGUUCACAAAAACUGUGUUGGAUUUUUAGACAUGUUAGGGUUUUUUAUUAUUACAAAGCAUGUGCGUCUGUCUGCUUGAAGGUAACUGUACUGUAGCAUUCUACCCCAUAGAGAUGUGGUGAGAAUAUAUACAUUUAAUAAAAACCUGACAGUAAAUUGAUGACAAGAUUAGGGCUAUUUAGAAGGCUUUUAUGAACUGUUGCAAUAGUGCUCAGGUUAUUAGCCAUUCUUGCAACCAUUCACUUGGUUGGAUAAACUCUGGUGGACUCUUUAAGAUGGUGCAAACGCUACUGUGACUAACCAUGGUUUCAGGUGUAAUGGUAUAUUAUGAAUUAUUUAUACAGCAAAAAGCAUGGUAAAAAAUAGAACUUAUUCAACAGUCUGGUAAUUACUAAUUUGUCUCGGCUCUGUUAUUUAUCUAAAUUUCUCUUCUUUCUUGUUUCCUCCUUGAUACAAUUGCUCCUUUUAAAGAAUUACACUGUCUUCAUAUCAACAAACUUCCAUUUUGCUUACAGUUCAAACAGGAGCAAUAUUCACAAAUAGGGGAAAGGGCAUCAUUCUGUGUGAUUGUACAAUGAGAGAUUUAAAAAAAAAAAGGAAAAGUAACAUACAACAAAUAAAAGGGAAUCUUCCAAACCCUUACAACCUUCAAAGGAACUAACUAAUGUCUCUGUGUAAGUGUGCGCAUAUAUAUGUAUGUGUAUGAAUAUAUGUAUGUAUGUAAAAAGAAGGUACUAGGCACAGUUAAUCCUUCCUUGUGCAUGUAAGGUUGCUUAGACCAAGAAGGACUUGCUUGCUCUAUAAUAGGAAAAAUCAAUGUAAAUGUUUGCAAAAUAACUAUUAGUCUCUUGCUUUUAAGAUACUCAACAUAAAAAAGAUAAAAAUAAUUGAAUUAUGGAUUUGAAGAUCAUUAUUAAAAACCCAAUGAACUGCAAGAGGAAGUCCUUGAGAAAAGCUGGGUUUGCUCUUAUAGUGAUGAGGAGUA